AUGUCAAACUUAACUCAUGAAAAUUUAUCUUGUCCUGCUAUAUUUGAAUAUCUUUGUUGGCCACGAGCAACAGCUAAUCAAUUAGUAAAUGUUUCAUGUGCUGUUAUUCGUCAUAAUGGUGUUGAUCUAUCAAAAUCUUUCAGUCGAUAUUGUUAUCCAGCUGGUAACUGGUCUGAACUAAAUUUAGCUCCAUGUUUUCAUGCCGAUGUGUUGGCUUUAUUGGGUAACUCUUAUUCUCGAAGACCUCCAAAAGAAAGAGAAGUUUUCGAAAAAAUGAUUCGAAUUCUUCGUAUUGUGGAAUUAGCUGGAUUAUCUAUAUCAUUAUCUAGUAUUCUCAUAUCAUUGUUUAUAUUUUUUACAUUUAAAUCAUUGUAUUGCAGUCGUACAAAAAUUCAUGUAAAUCUUUUAUUAGCUAUUCUUAUACAAAUUAUUGCUCGAUUAACAACAUAUGGAAUUCAAAUGGUCCAAGUAAAUGAUUCCCCUAAAAAUGAUUGUGAUAUAAAUGGAAAUCUUCAUGCAUAUCCACGAACAAGUGUAUUUAGUGGAAUUUGCCCAUUAUUUAUUAUAUUUUUACAAUUUGGUAUAACAGCUAUGUUUAUGUGGAUGCUUUGCGAAGGAAUUCAUUUAAACAUUGUUUUAACAGUUAGCGUUUUUAAAAAACGUUUCAAAACAUAUUAUUUUCAUAUACUUGGCUGGGUUGUUCCACUUUGUUUAACAUUGAGUUGGAGUUUAGUUAUGUUUAUCAAAGAACGUGAUCGAAGAUGUUUUAAUAAUUAUAAUCAUUUAAAAUACUAUUGGAUUAUCGAUGGACCUCGUUAUGCAGUAAUGAUUAUCAAUAUUAUUUUCCUAUUGAAUAUUCUUCGAGUUUUAAUGGUUAAAAUAAAAGAAGGUUCAGAAAAACAAAUUCGAGAAGAUAAACGUCGUGGCUCAAUGAAUGCAAAAUUCGUCAGAAAAGCAGUUAAAGCAGCUAUUUUCCUCGUACCUUUAUUGGGUAUUACUCAUGGUUUUGAAACAUUUAUCUCAGCGGAUGACAAACCAAUUACUAUCUUUGCUAUAUAUUCUUCGGUGAAUGUUGUCUUAAUGACACUCCAAGGAUUUUUUUGUUCAUUACUUUAUUGUUUUCUUAAUGCCGAAGUUCGUGAAACAUUAUCUCGACGUUUUCAAACAACAGAAAUAUGGUAUCGAUGGAAACAAUAUUUAGGAAAUAAAGAUCAAUGUCAAAAUAAAACAAUUAAUAAUGAAGUUCAAACACGUUUAGAUUUAUAUACAUCAAAUAACAAAACAUCUAAAAAAAAUUCAAUUGAAUUAGAAGAAUAUCGAUUAACGUCUGACAUUGACGAAGUAAAUACAAAUCAAAUUUAA